AUGGAGCUUCAGUGCAGAUUCUCCCUAACUGCAAAUCAAACAAAUGAAGAUCACAGAGAUUUCUGGACUAAAAGGCACAAUGGAAGAGGCCAACUUGUCAUAGCUCAGGUGAGUACCCCUAGUAAGGACAAUAUCACAUUCUUCAGUGGGGUCUUUCAAAACGUGGACAGUGUUGCAUUGUUUUUUGACUGCCUGGGUUCUCACUUCACUUGGCUACAGUCCAUAUUUACCAACUUCCCUGCACUGCUCCAUUUUGUGAACAAAAUGAGAUGUGUAACUGGACUUUGCCCCAGGGAUUUCGAAGACUACGGCUGCUCUUGCCGGUUCGAGAUGGAAGGGCUCCCUGUGGAUGAAGCGGACAGCUGCUGUUUCCAGCACCGCAAAUGUUAUGAAGAAGCUGUGGAGCUGGAGUGCUUAUGGGACCCUGCCAAGAUUUCUAUGGACAUCAGCUGUCUGACGAAAAACAUUACCUGCGAGUCUGGGGAUCCUUGUGAACGGCUUCUCUGCAAUUGUGACAAAGCAGCUAUUGAGUGUUUUGUCCAUUCACACGUUAACUCUUCCUUGAACGGCCUGGAUGUCUCCUUCUGUCCAGGUCAGGUUACAGAAACAACUAGCAAGAAAGGAUUGACCACGCUUCAUAUGGAGGGAAUUCCACCUGAAGCCAGCAAUACCAGCUUGAAACCCCCCACUUCUGAGUUUACUGCAAGAGAUCACGAAGGCAUAUCUGCUUCCUUCGUGGAUCCCACGCUAACAGUUACUACAGUGAAGAUCACAGCCACAGCAGCAGCUGCAACUGAAAUUCAGAGGGGACUGGAAGGCGAUUUAAUUGUAAGUGUACCUUCAGGACUUACAGAGGAUGCUUUCCUGAUGGAAGGGCCAACCACAGCCACAGCAGGUAUUAACUCAACAGGGCCAGAUGUGAUACCCAGUGAAAACGAUCCCACCAUGACAACAGAACAAGAGACAAGCUUUAAGAUAGGAGAAGCGAGCACAGCUUCCUCUGCGAUAUCCCCAGAAGUGACACUUGCUGAGAGGGGGCCUGAUGAAGCUGUCAGACAAGUCUGUGACAGAUUCACCUUUCUGCAAAUGAGUGGGAACGGAAAGGUGAACCGGGAGCUGCCUCGGCUGGGAGAAAUGCUAUUUUGCUUGACUGAUCGAUGCCCACAGGAAUUUGAAUCUUAUGGCUGCUACUGUGGCCAAGAAGGAAGAGGUUAUCCUACAGAUGUACUGGACAGGUGCUGUUUCUCCCAUCAAUGCUGUAUGGAACAAGUUAAAAAACUUGGGUGCCAGCCAGAAGGAAGUUUGAGAUCUGAAGUUGUAUGUUUAGAUCAUAAACCGAAGUGCAUUGGCUGGAGCAUGUGCGAGAAGCUCCUGUGUACCUGUGAUAAGACAGCGGCUGAAUGUAUGGCUGCCGCCUCUUUCAAUGAAAGCUUGAGGUUCCUAACCAGGCAAACCUGCCAAGCGAACAAAGCCUCAUGUCGGAGUGGAAUAGCUGAAAGGCCUGCAGGUGACACUGGAGUAGGCACCAGAACCUCCAGCUCUGAGGAGAGCAGUGAGGAGGCAGGUCCGCAGAGGAGUGCUUUAAGAAGAAUAAAGAGAGCUGCACGACACCCCUGGGGAAAAGCCAGAGCCACACCACAGGAGAGAUAG